AUGUCUCCGAAACUCGUGCGUGGUCUUGUUGGAGGCGCCUUUCACAUUCCUGAUGCCUUUGUAGUGUCGAUAACGUGUGGAUGGAAGAAUGACGGGUUUGGAUGGUCAGCGUCGAUCAAUUAUUGUCGCAAUUGCGACAGGUUCUUGUCCCCGCCCGCGACAUGGACCAUCGCCCAGCCCGAGUCCCGCGAGCUGCUAGCGAUCUGCUUGAAGAAGCUCAAGGGAUUGAAUAAAGUUCGCCUCGUCGAUGCCGGAUUCAUCUGGACGGAACCGCACUCGAAACGACUGCGUGUCAAGCUUACCAUUCAAAAAGAGGUGUUUACUUCGACGAUUGUAGAGCAGGUGUUUGAAGUCGAGUAUGUCGUCCAGCACGGACAGUGUCCCGACUGCACCAAACUUGCCGCCAAGAAUACGUGGCAGGCGGUCAUCCAGGUCCGACAAAAGGUUUCGCAUAAGCGAACGUUUUUGUUCCUGGAACAGCUCAUCCUCAAGCACAAUGCGCACAAGGACACCGUGUCCAUCAAAGAGGUCAAAGACGGCCUCGAUUUCUAUUAUGCCCAUGAGAGCCAUGCGCAAAAGAUGGUAGAAUUCUUGGCAAGUGUUGUCCCAGUUCAGACAAUUCGAUCAGCACAGCUCAUCUCCCGCGACACGCAUUCCAAUACUGCAAACUACAAGUUUACCCACUCUGUUCAGAUUGUCCCAAUCUGCAAAGACGACCUGGUCUGCAUCCCGGCAAAACAGGCGCGCUCCCUCAGCAACAUUAGCCCACUCACCAUCUGCUCAAGAGUUGGAAACACGGUACAUUUAUUGGACCCGUCUACGCUACAAGAAACGGAUGUUACGUCGCCAGUAUACUGGAGAGAGCCGUUCAGCGCGCUCGCAUCGGUGACCGACCUCGUCGAGUUUAUCGUUCUUGAUAUCGAGCCGUCGGGAGUCGUCAAAGGGAAACACGUACUCGCAGAUGCAGAAGUUGCUCCUGCCAAUUCAUUCGUCUCCAAGUCGGGGAAUGAUGCCGACAUGGACAUGGACUCGCAUCAUGGAUCGCUCGACACGACAUACCAUACACGAACCCACCUCGGUGGCAUUCUUCAACCUGGAGAUACCGUCAUGGGAUACUGGCUCACACGAUCCAAUUUCAACUCGACAGCAUUCGAGUCUCUCGACUCUUCACGGAUACCAGACGUGAUUCUUGUGAAAAAAUCGUAUCCAAACCGAAGAAAGAAGAGCAAGCAGCGAAACUGGAAACUCAAGAGUAUGGCGAAGGAGGCUGAAGAGGGUGCAGGCAUCAACGAGAGUGGCGGCUAUGGGCGUGGCGCGCUUGGUCGACGAGGAGGCCUGGAUCAGAAAAAGGUCGAACGCGACUACGAAAUCUUCCUCCAGAGCAUCGAGGAGGAUACAGACAUGCGUGCGGCCAUCAACCUCUACAAAGGCCAAAGCCUACGCGCCCCUGCUGUGUCGACAAACGAGAUGGAUACAGGCAAGUCGCGUGCAGCUGGUUCUUCAAAGAAGAAGGGUAUGGCUGCACAGUUUGCGAUGGAUGUGGACGAGGCACCGGCCGGUGCUGCUGAUGCAUCCGAGACGGCGACAGAGGAUGGAGAGGACGAGGCCGACUUCCCAGAAGUUAAGCUUGAUGAACUGCUGGACGACAUGGAGGAGCUAGCCAUUCACGACGAGGAGGAGUGA